AUGGAGAGAGGUCCUUUUGUGAUGGAAUCUCUUGUGACACCGGGUGAAUCGUAUCGUAUUGUUGCGUCAAGUUCGUCUCUUCGUGAGCACCUCACGGACAGUUACUGGUGCUCUGCUAUGGACGAAGUGUGUGAUGGAAAGCUAGACGGCGUGGCGGUGCGAUAUACAGGUCAAAACCUUGUUCUGCUGCAGUUUCGUCCUAAACAGUUAUCACCGGCUGGGUAUCGGUAUCCCCUGUCCAUGUCUAUCCCGGUGGAGUACCUGGUGCCAGUUUCGCCCAAGCCUAUCCUGGAGAAUGUGUCCAUGGCUCCUAGCUUCCAAUCUUCCUUUGACUCGACGGACGCGCGUUUUCCGUCGACUGACUUCUCCCCAUUGUGUGUUGUCUGUGGUAGAUACAACGUGCCAGGUAUGGUGCGGCGCCAUCGCGGUUACAAGUGCAAGGAAUGUGUGGGAAAAAAAUCAAAACCGAGACUGCGUGCAGAAUGCGCGCGCUUUAAAAGCGAAGACGAUCUCUGA